GAGAGCAACUUCGCAAGCUCCUGCUCGAGCACGGGGAUUUCAAGAAGGUAGAGGGGGUACUUCAGCGCUGGUACGAGCAAAAGAAGGUCGAGAAAGAGGGUGGCGGAUAUUGUACCAAAGAGCGGUUGAUGCAGGUAAAGGAAUCGGGGAACAGGGUUAGCUUCGAGAGCUCGUUCAGUAUGGAUGUGCCUCAGCUACAUGAACUGGACCCUGAGUGUUCCCUGUUGGAUGCCCAGAACGAAAGCUUCUUCAAUGACGAUGCAGGGAAGGCUGAACAGACCAACGAUGCUGAAGCUACCGCGCAGGCUGGCGCAUCCUUCAAGAAGCUCGG